GGACACACCUCUGAGCCCGGGUCCCUCUGAUUGUGAGGAAAGUGUCGCAUUACUGCCCUCCUCACAGUAACAGUUUGGAACGUGGAGGACGUUUCUUAUGAGAAGUAUUUUGGGAGAGUGAGGUCACCAAGAUGGUGACACGGGCCCUUCCUGACUUCACUCCCCUCACAAGAAGGGCAACUGACCGCCUUGGAGAGCGGGACAGCAGUGAGCAAACCCUGGAAGUCUGGGCGGAGGCCACAGCGCCCUGACCCCAGGGACCGGAAGACCGCAUGCCGGGACAGAAUGUGACUUCUGGGUGCUGCUCUCCCCGAGCCCGGCUGGUGUCUUUCAGGGAACCGCGGAGCCUCUCGGGCCUGAAGCUUUCGGCCGGCGCCAUGGAAAGGAACCUGAAGAACGUCCUCGUGCUCUCCUUGGGGUUUCUGCUGCUCUUCACUGCCUACGGAGGGCUGCAGAGUCUGCAGAGCAGCCUGUACAGUGAGGAGGGCCUGGGCGUGGCUGCGCUCAGCACGCUCUACGGCGGCAUGCUGCUGUCCUCCAUGUUCCUGCCGCCCGUCCUCAUCGGGAAGCUCGGCUGCAAGUGGACCCUCGUGCUCGCCAUGUGCUGCUACGUGGCCUUCUCUCUCGGCAACUUCUACGCCAGCUGGUACACUUUGAUCCCCACCUCCAUCCUGGUGGGACUCGGGGCCGCUGCGCUGUGGUCUGCACAGGGCACCUACCUCACCAUUGUGGGGAACAUGCAGGCGCGGAAGACAGGACAAGUCGGCAAAGACGUGGUCAACCAGUACUUCGGCAUCUUCUUUCUCAUAUUCCAGUCGUCUGGCGUGUGGGGCAACCUGAUCUCGUCUCUCGUGUUCGGCCAGACGCCCACUCAAGGGACCGUCCCGGAGGAGCAGCUGCAGACCUGUGGGGCCAGCGACUGCCUGAUGGCCACGGCGUCCACCAACAGCACAAGGCGGCCCUCCCAGGACCUCAUCUACACGCUCAUGGGCAUCUACACGGGGUGCGGCUUCCUGGCGGUCCUGCUCACAGCAGUGUUUCUGGAACCCGUAAAAGAUGCUGGGCCGGAAGGUGACAGCGAGAAGCGGGCGACCCCUUUCUGGUCCACUUUGCUGUCGACAUUUAAGCUGCUCCGAGACAAGCGCCUGCGUCUCCUGAUCCUGCUGCCGAUGCUCAGUGGGUUCGAGCAAGCCUUCCUGUCGGGCGACUACACGCGGUCCUACGCCACCUGUGCCCUGGGGAUCCAGUUCGUGGGCUACGUGAUGAUCUGCUUCGGGGCCAUCGACGCCCUGUGCUCCGUGCUCUUCGGGAGGCUGGCCCGGCACACCGGCAGGAUCGCGCUCUUCGCGCUGGGGGCCGUGACCCAGCUGGCCUGCAUUGUCGCCCUCCUGCUGUGGAAGCCGCACCCCAGCCAGCUGCCCGUGUUCUUCGUGUUCCCCGGCCUCUGGGGCAUGGCCGACGCGGUCUGGCAGACACAGAACAACGUCCACGCGAUGGUGCUUCUCUGCGAGAGGCCCGCUCACCGGACUGGUUACCGUCCACACCGUGAAACCCUUCUGACUUCCAGACAGCAAGGUCCUGGGCUCUCUUCGGGGUUCUGUUUGAGAAGAACAAGGAGGCCGCCUUCGCCAACUACCGCCUCUGGGAAGCCCUGGGCUUCGUCAUCGCCUUCGGAUACAGCACGUUCCUGUGCGUCAGCGUCAAACUGUACGUCCUCCUGGGCGUCCUGGGCGCCGCCGUGGCCGCCUACGGGGCCGUCGAGUACCUGGAGUCCAGGAAGGCGGUCGGGCCGCUGGCCGCAGCGCGGACAAAACCCGCCGAGGAGGGGGUGGCACAGACGAAGCUGUGAACCGACAAGCCCCGCGGUGGGCGGACCCGGGGCGGCCCCAGAGCAGGCGAGCGUUACCCGGAGACGCCUCGGGGUCUGCGGUUGAUUCUUUACCACUUCAACGUGGUUUCACUUUUACGUGACGUUUUUUCUAUCUUAUCAGAUUCUUCAGUCCACCAUCUCAUCAGCGGACAUGCAGAGUGUAGGUGGAGGAAUCAGUUCAUUUCAGAUACGAAAGAGAGAAACUCAGGAUACCACCAGCCACCAGGGACUUGUCUAGAGUCACAGGUCAAUAGCCUAGGCUUGUUUGGGGGUUGUUGUUAAGAACCCGAAAGUCGCUGAAAAGACGCAGCCCAAUGCCAGCACUUUGCAAAUGGGCAAACUGACGCCCUGGCAAGUCAGUGACUGCCUCCCAGAGUCAGUGAGGGACAAAGCCAGACGAGACUCUCUGUGUCUUGAAGCUUAUAGGGUAUGAGUUUCUAAAUAAAUGCAGUUAUUUUAUGGACCUAACUCUUGUCCA